GAAUCAAUUCUCAGCUCAAUCCGCUUCUCGGAUUAGUCACAAAAUCACAGUCCUCGUGAAGUGUGUGCUUUGUGGUCCAGUUUUGUGUUCAAGCAGCUCUCUGGGCAAAUAGGGAAGUGAUUUGUUAUUGAGUGGAAGAGUGGGAAGAAGUUGGGUGGUGUGUAUCCUUUGUAAGUGCAGUGUACUUCAUCUUCCUGUUUGUCGUCAGGGAAAAAUCGCAUUAAUGCGAUUUUCCUCAUUUGACUCGUUGGCAAGAUGCUGGAAAAAACGAUCACGCUGAGUGUCGAUCAAUUAAAAUGUUUUGAUGAGCUGAGAUUAUUGCUCCAAGAUUGCCCUCUGCUCGUAAUUCGUCAUGACAAUGAAUUCCUAUACAAAUUCCUAUGCCUCAUGGACUGGGAUGUCGUCAAGACUUUUCAUCGGAUCAUUGCUUUUUAUAAAUUCCGAAAAGACAAUCCGAAAUACUUUCUCUUUGGUCCAAUUAGUCUUCUAGAAAAGAUGAUUAGGACAAAUGCAAAAUAUCUUCUUGAUACUCCUGAUCGAUACGGAAGAUGGGUGUAUGUGAUUAAAGUUGCACGUUAUGUUGAGGCCAGUAACGUCUAUGAAAUAGCCCAAUUAGACGAUUUGUGGUUUUCCGCAAUAAUUGAUCAUCCGGACACAAUUAAGAAUGGCGUUUCUGUGUUAAUUGAUGCCAAAGAUGUCCCAUUGAGACUGGUUUCCUGGGUAACACCAAAGCAUUCCCGAGUAAUGUCCCAGAAGUCAGAGAUUGCUCCACUGCAGAUUACCUACCACAUUGUAAAUUCCUCCAAAGCUAUGAACCUUGGUGUUAAACUCGUCUUUCCACUUCUAUCAGCCGAAGCAAAGAAAACCAUUCAUUUCCACUAUACAGACUGGGACUCUCUGCAUCAGUGGAUUGGGAAGGAGGUGUUGCCUGUUGAAUAUGGAGGAAAUGUAACACAGAUUGACUACGAAAAGCUCAGGGAGAAAAUCUACAAGAAUGAGGACAAAAUCCUCGAGAAUAUGACUUAUGGCUUUGUGGAUCCUCAACCUGAAAAUUGGGAUAACAGAUGCUCAUAAAGUAUUUAUUCUGAGGCAUUUUAUGUAGAAUUGUUUAGAUACUUUUUUUUCUUAUACAUUUUUCCACAUAAUAAAGUCCACUCUUUGCCAGAAUCUCUUCUCCAAA